AUGGUCUAUGUCAGUGUAUUGGAGCUCAGGGAUCUUCAGGGGGUGUGGCAUGUCUCUGGAACCCAUGAAAGAUCCAACCUGUGUCCUGGAUUUCCUUUAAGUCCUCCUUAUCCUUGUUUAUUUCCUUACUUGCCAUGGAUUGUUGCUGGGGACUUUAAUGCUAUUCUUGAUCUAACGGAAAAACGAGGAGGUAAUACAAGACUGGAUCCUUCUUCUUUCUUGCUCCGAGAUAAUAUCUCAGCACUCAAUCUCGUGGAUAUCAAGCCUAGCAAUGGCCGCUUCACUUGGAAUAAUAGAAGGGAGGGUGACAGGUGCAUUGCUGAACGCUUAGACCGUUUCAUGGUUUCCUAUUUUUGGGUGGGUGGAUUGUGGUCUUCCAGUUCUGAAAUUUUGGAUUGGAGAGGCUCGGAUCAUUGGCCAAUUAAGCUUGUCACUUCUUCAGCUCGUCUGCCUCAGAAGCCGCCUUUUAAGUUCCAGCUUAUGUGGCUUCGUGACCCGGACCUCUAUGGUUGCGUUGCCGAAUGGUGGCAGGUUGGCAGGCCGACUUUUGGUACAGCAAUGUAUGUUUUUGCUAAGCUUCUCCAGUAUGUUAAGUAUCAGCUCAAGCGGUGGAAUCAACAAUGCUUUGGAAACAUCUACCAGGUAAAACAGGAAGCUCAAGUCGAGUUGAAUGGCAUUACCAGAUUGAUUAGGGAGGAGGGAGUGUCUGAAUACUUGUUACGGGAAGAAGCCAGAGCUUUAAAAGCUUUGGAGGAAUGGGAGUUGAGAGAGGAAAUCUUUUGGAAACAGAAAGCUCGGAUUGAGUGGCUUAAGGAGGGAGACAAGAACACUACCUUCUUUUUCAAUUCAGUGAAAGCCAGACAACAUGGUAAUGCUAUUUCAUCUCUGGUGACUGAUAGGGGAGAGGUUAUUUCUUCUACUCAAGGUAUCGCUGAUGAAGCAGUGCAGUAUUUUGCUUCUUUAUUUAGAGAGGAAGCACAGGGAGACUCUGUUGCAGAGGCCCAGGUCCUUUCCUGUAUUCCUUCUUUGGUUUAUUUGGAAAUGAAACAAUAUCUUAUGAGUGUCAUAACUUUGGAGGAGUUAGAAAAAAUAGUUUUCCAGAUGAAAAAAGCUGAAAGGUUGAAAAAGGGGCUUACUGUGCUAAUCUCCGAAGAGCAAAGUGGCUUUGUGGAAGGUCGUCAGAUUUUGGAUGGGGUGGUGGUGGCUACUGAGACUAUCCAUUCCAUGGCCAGCUCUAAAGCCAAAGCUAUGUUCAUCAAGCUGGAUAUGGCCAAGGCGUAUGACAGAGUUCGUUGGUCCUUCCUGCAGAAGGUCUUGAGUGCCUUUGGUUUUGAGGAGGAAUGGAUUUGUUGGGUUAUGAGUUGUGUGGGGUCGACUUCCUUCUCAGUUUUGAUUAAUGGGGAGCACUCCAACCUCUUUGGGGCCUCUCGGGGUUUGCGGCAGGGUGACCCUCUUUCUCCUUACCUGUUUCUUCUUUUGGUGGAAGGUUUGGGUCGGUUGAUUAAAAGGAAUGUUGAAGGAGGCUUUAUUCAGGGCUGGCAGUGGGGAGGGGGUAUUCCUGUUCAAUCUCACCUACAGUUUGUGGAUGAUACAGCUUUGAUGGGUUUGGCUACUAUUAGGGAGGCUUCUAACAUGCGCAGAGCGCUAGAUGUCUACCUUGCUGCUUCUGGUCAGUUAAUUAAUGAGGGCAAGUCUUCAAUUUUUUUCUUCAACACUCCGCCUUCAAUUCAACGAAGAAUUGCCCAUAUUCUCAGGUUCCAAAUUGGAAGUCUUCCUUUGCUAUACCUUGGGAUCCCCAUCUCUACUGGCAGGCAGUCUAGGGAUUCCUGGCAGGUCAUUCUGGACAAGUUCAAUGUCAAAGUGAACCACUGGACUCAUCGUUGGCUGUCCUUUGCUGGUCGGGUCCAGUUACUUCAAUCUGUGUUUUUAUGGGCUGGUAAUUUGUCUUCAACUAAGUGGAGCCUUAUUAAGUGGGAGACUGUUUGUAGUCCUAAAAGAUUUGGUGGUCUUGGAUUACGUCAAUCUUUGCUUUCUGGUAUUGCUCUGGCAGCUAAAUUGUAUUGGCGAUGGUGUGUGGAACAGGAUCGGGUGUGGGCUAGGAUCUUGUCUCACAAGUAUUUUUUUGGGAUCCCCCAGCGUGAUAUCCCUCGAUAUAGCUUGGCAGGGAAAGGUUCGACGAUUUGGAAUACUCUCAAGAAGGGGGCGGUGCUCAUUAAGGGUGGUUUCUUCUGGAUUUGUAAAAGUGGGACAAAGGCACAGUUCUGGCAUGACUCCUGGGAUGGCUACCCCCCCAUAGUUUCCCAAUAUCCUCACUUGAGUAUAUUGGCCCAGAGGUUUUGUGAAGCUGGUUGGACUAGGGUGUGUGACUUCAAGUCAUUUUCCCUUCAAGGGCAGGUAGUGGAAGCAAGAUGGAAGACUUCAAGGGAGUGGCCUAUUCUUGGGUUGGAAGUUGAGUGUGCUGAGCUUCAUAACAUCCUUUCGGGUCGUAGCUGUAGCGCCCUGAUGGAUAGUGAUGUGUUGGCCUGGUCCCCUAAUCCCAAAGGUACUUACACUGUGUCUUCUGGUUAUCAGGCGCUGCUCUCUCAACAAUUUGCUAGUGGGGAAGUCCAUUGGUGGAAGAGAGUCUGGAAUAAUUUCUCUUGGCCAAAAUGUAAUUGCUUUUCUUGGACUUUGGCUUGGAAUAGAUGCUUGACCUGGGACAAUAUUCAGAAGAGGGGUUUUGCUGGCCCUUCUAGGUGUGUUCUAUGUGGUGGGGGGGAGGAAGAUUCUCCACAUUUAUUCUUUCGCUGCCCAUUCACAUUGCAACUAUGGCACUUCUGGUGGGAUGCCUGGAAGAGUCAGUGCUUUCAUGCAUCCUCCCUAGCUGAGUUUUGGAUGAGACUGGGAAGGCCCCCUUCCUCGGCUCCCUUCUUGCAGGAGGUCUGGUAUGCUGGCCCUAUCUUUUUGCUAUGGCAAGUUUGGUUGGAAAGGAAUCGUAGAAUCUUUCGGGGUGAACAAUUGGGGAUUCAACAGGUUUGGACUAGAAUUAUGGGAAUGGUCCAGGAAACUGUGAAAGCUAAGAGUGAGAUUAUUUUGCCAAUGGAGGAAGGCGAUGCGGAGAUAGUUAAUAGGUUUGGUAUACAGGGGAUAUCUCCAGCCUCAGCUUGCGCCAGGAGAGGUAGGCGUGUGAAACAUAGAGUUCAAAGGAUGGGGAAAUGGCUCCCCCCUCCUGCUGGCUUUCUGAAAAUUAACACAGAUGGUUCUUCUAGGGGUAAUCCAGGCCCAACUGGGAUUGGUGGGAUUGGUAGGGAUUCUUCUAGAUCUGUGGUCUUUAUCUUCUCGGCUAAUGAGGGGGUGCAGACUGUUAAUAGGAUGGAAGGCUUGGCUAUCCUAUAUGCUUUGAAGAGAGCUUAUGCCCUAGGGUGGCGGAAGGUGAUCUGUGAAGCUGACUCUCAAAUUCUGGUUAAUUUGCUCCUUCAGAGGAAGAUGUCUGAGGUUAGUUGGCAACUAUCUGUGUUAGUACAACAGAUAUUACAGGUUAGCUCUGUAAUGGAUUCGGUGUCGUUUACCCAUAUUCCAAGGGAAUGGAAUAGGGCAGCUGAUUGUCUGGCUAAAUGGGCAUCAGAAGAUGUUGAUGACCGGAGGAUUGAUGAGUGGGAGCAGUUGCCCUAUGAGCUAUGUCAGGAUUUGGAGAAGAUUCUUGUUGAAGAUGAAAGUGGUGUUGGGGAAUGA